AUGAAAUAUUUGCAAUUGAUAUUAAUUUUAGGUCUAACCUUUGCUUUAACAACAACAGAAAAAUCUGAAAUAUUGGAUCCAAAUGACCUCAUGUUUUCAUAAUAAGAUAUUUCAUAAUAGAUAAAUGUUAAAGAAGAAUCAUUUGAAACAAAAGAUAGAUAAUUUUUAGUCUAAGAACUUAUUUAAGAUAGCGUAUUCCUUUUUUUAAAGUUAGAUUUCUAAUGAAGUAAUGACAGAGGCUGAAUUAUAACAUGCAUUAAUUACAAAAGAUGAUUUAAGUGAUAAGCCUGAUAUUUAGAUGGGAACCUAAAACGCACUUUUUUUACAGAAGAGAAAAAAUUGA